CCGCAUAAUGAACACAAACCCACACACCAUUGCGCCUCUCUCUAUCUCUCUCUCUAAAAUUCUUUAUUAGAAACUCCUCUGUUUUAUUGCGUCUCUGCUUCCCUCCGCCGCAAGCACCUCCCCAAUCCCCCCCAAACUCCUCACAAUUCUCCGCUACUGACCGCAACAAUUCCAUCAAAAAAAAGGGUUUUAUUCAAGUAUUGAUGCCGUGAUAUCUGAUGGCGGCACCACCUGUGAAAUCGCAACCAUUGCACAACUUCUCCCUCCCCCACCUCAAAUGGGCCCACAAGAACUCCUCCUCCCCCCACAACCACCGCUUCCGCCGCCGCGAUUCCGCUGAUCACCACCCCGAUUCCGACCCCAAGCACCCGCCGCCACCGCUGGACGACGCUGCAGCGGCGGAGGAGGAGGCCAAGCCGUGGAAGCUGCGGCCGAGGAAGGAGCCCAUCAAGGCGGCGUCGAGUUCCAAAAAGGACACCGCGAACAAUGAUGGCAGCAGCAACGCGCUCAAGUCGCAGCGGCUGAGGGAAGGGGCCCACCAGAGCGGCGGCGUUGAGCGCAACUCGAAGAGGAAGGUCUGGAUUUCUCUGUCGAGGGAAGAAAUUGAGGAGGAUGUCUACGCCUUGACCGGAGGCAAGCCCGCCCGCCGCCCCAAAAAGUGGCCUAAGAAUGUUCAGAAACAACUUGAAGGUGUAUUUCCUGGAUUGUAUUUGGUUGGAGUUGCGGCCGACUCUUAUCGGGUUAUGAUGUCUUGAGGUAGAUCCGAUGUUGAUAUGAAGAUUAUAAAGCAAAUGGUUCCUUGGUAGAGGUAUAGUAUUGGUGCAAACAAGGAUGACAGUUAUGGUGAAACAGAUUAAUGGUUAUAUAUAGUAUUUAAUUUCUAUCUUCGGUAGCUUAUUUUGGGCAUUAUCUAGAAUUUAGGGGCUUAAGCGGUGGUUCACUUUUAUCAUGUAAGCUUUAAGCUUUUUUGUGAAUGAAUUAGUUGGAUCCAGCAUUUGUUGCAAUGCAAAUACCAUAUUGGCUUUAA